UCAAAAAUUUGCUUGCAAAUGAAGUUGUGGAAAAAUUCUUACAUAUCCAGAAUUUUUCUCACUUUGUUAUUGAUAAAUUUCCUAAAAAUUGUUAAAUUCGCUAAAUUGUGCUGAAAAUGUAUAAGGGAGUGUCGUAAAUAAGUAUAAAAGCAGUGUGUGUGUGAAAAAUUAAAAAAGCUGCCUUUCGUUGGCUUAUUGUCGAUUGGAAUAUAAUAAUAUAACGUUGUUUAUGUUGAAGGAGGCGCGGCCGCAGCACUGAUUGGGUCGCAAAGGAACGAAAUGCAGGAGUAAUUUUUAACCUGUCAUAUAUGUUGUCAUCACUGACUCACUUCGUACCGUUCGUUGUGAGACGCAUAUCACUGCUGCAUACAGGAAUAUUUAUCUGUGUUUACAUUUAUUAUUUUGUGCUAACGUCAUCAACGCGAAACCUCAUCAUUCGUAAAUUUUGUGUGUGCUCACAACAAACUCUUGGCAUUUCAACAUACAAAUAUUUAAUACGUCUAGGGAAUGUGGAUGCCGCCAUACAUAAGGAUAAGCUUGGUUCACCGACUGUGUGCUUAGAUGACGGUAAUUUAGCUGCUUUUGGUAUAAGCGCACUAAUGGCCACAGGAGGCAUCGACAUGGGUGACUUGGCCCAGGAAUUAGAUCAGGAUGAGUUUGAUGGCCCAAAUAUGUUGAAUGGUGAGCGACCAGCCAUAAUUGCACCGCCGGAGAGUGAAUGGUAUCAUGGGCGCUUGGAUCGUUAUUCUGCUGAAUCGCGACUACGCGGAACUGGCAAAUUGGGCAGUUAUUUGGUACGUGAAAGCGAUCGCAAGCCUGGUUCAUAUGUAUUAAGCUAUUUAGGACGCACUGGCAUUAAUCAUUUUCGCAUUACUGCGGUGUGUGGUGAUUUCUAUAUUGGCGGACGUCAAUUCGUGUCGCUGAGCGAUCUCGUCGGCUACUACACCUCAUGCAGUGAUUUGCUGAAACGUGAGCGCCUGGUGCUACCAGUGCCACCACCGGAGCCGGUGAACGAUAAGAAGCGUGUUGUGGCACAUUUACCCUAUACCAAAAUGGCUGACACCGAUGAGUUGAGCUUUCAGAAGGGUGAUAUAUUUUUUGUGCACAAUGACAUGGGCGACGGUUGGUUGUGGGUGACAGCACAUCGCACUGGUGAGCAGGGUAUGAUCUUCCGUGAACUAGUCGAGGAUUUGGAUCCGGUAAUCGAUCCAAACACGGUGUUUCCUUGGUUCCAUCCGAAUUGCACUAAGAAUGAAGCAGUCGACAUGCUGGUGAAAGCCGGUCCAGGCAGCUUUCUGGUGCGCCCAAGCGAUAAUUCGCCUGGCGAUUACUCGCUCUUCUUUCACAUUAAUAAUCAAAUUCAGCGCUUUCGCAUUGAAAAGAAAGGCGUACGUUAUCUGAUGGGCGGACGCACUUUCGAGUGCUUGGAUGCCGUGAUCAAUCGCUAUCGCAAAGAGCAAAUCGUCGAAGGUCACUCACUCAGUCAUCCAGUGGUUAACGGUUCACAGCCCGAAUUCAACCAACAGUUUGUGGUGGAAAAGGCAGCCGAAAAAAUCUAUGCAACUCUGCGUGAAUGUCGCGAUCAAAUCGGUUUGAAGAAGAUAAAAGGCAUCAAACAUCAUGGACAUUUGUUCAAGAAGUCUGAUAAGACAGCCAAAUGGAAACAAUUGUACUUUGCGCUUAUCAGCGAGGGCAGCGAAACACAUCUCUGCUUCUAUGACAAUCCGAAAAAGACUAAACCGAAGGGUCUCAUCGAUCUAUCGUGUGCGUAUCUAUACCAGUGCCAUGAAUCGCUAUGGGAGCGGCCAUAUUGUUUUCAAAUAGUGGAGCGCGCACUGCCAUGCUUGGCUAACAAUACGUAUCUGUGCGCGACGCAAGAGACGUACGUGGAAUGGAUUAAUGCGCUCAAAGCGCAAUGCAGUUCACAAUUCAGUCGCGCGCAAAUCAAAGUGCCGUGUUUGCGCGAGUUGCGUUGCCUGAAUUUGCAUGUGCUCGAGGCGCAUAAGCUGCCAUUCAAAUUGGUGCCGCAUCCCUACUGCAGCAUCUCGUUGAAUCAAGUGAAGGUGGGCAAGACGCGUGUGAAGAUCGCGCCCGAUCCAGUGUGGGAGGAGGAAUUCGUUUUGGACGAUGUGCCGCCGGAUGUGGUCUCACUCACAAUUACGCUCAUUUCGCGUGGCAAACGCGGUAAAGAUUCGGAAGUCGCCGAACUCACCAUCGAUUUGGCCAGUCUGAAGAACGGUCAAGAGACGGAGGGCUGGCAUCAGCUCACCGGCAUGACACCCAUGGGCGAAUGGGGUUCACUACGUUUGCGCAUGCGCUAUUUGGAUGACUUGAUUAUGCCCUGCGAGGAGUACAGUCCAUUGCAGGAGUUGCUGCUCGAGCCCGAGUUGUGCGUGGUUAAAGCUCUGGCCGAACUUUGUCACAAUGAUCGCGUGCCGCUCGCUACGGCGCUACUACGUGUAUUCCGUCAUGAGAAACGCGAGACGGAGCUGAUACGCAUACUCUGCCAGGCGGAAAUCGCGCGUGAAAACGAAACGACUACACUUUUCCGCGGCGCUUCGCUGGCCACCACACUAAUGGAUUUGCACAUGCGCACUGAGUGCUCGGGUUUUUUGCACGCUGCCGUUUCGGAGACGGUGCAGCGCAUACUCGACAGCAAGCAAUCGGCCGAACUCAAUCCCACCAAGAUGGAUGUGAACGAUGAUGCUUGCUCCAAUGCCGAGUUUUUGCUACAGAUACUCGAUUCGGUGACGCAUUCGAUAUUCACCUCGCCCGAGGCGUGUCCACGCAGUGUGCGCUACAUAUGUAAUUGCCUGCAGAAGGCUGUCGUGGCCAAGUGGCCAACUGAGCGCUUGGUGCGCACGCGCGUCGUCUCCGGUUUCAUAUUUCUACGUCUGCUAUGCCCGGCAUUGUUGAAUCCUCGUCAAUUUGGCCUGGUAAGCGAAACGCCACCAACCAUGGCUACGCGUUCGCUCAUUAUGGUAGCCAAAUGCUUGCAGAAUCUAGCAAAUCUAAUUGAGUUUGGCGGCAAGGAACAAUACAUGGAGGUGGUCAAUCCGUUUAUAUUGAAGAAUAAGGAACGCAUGAUUGUCUUUCUCGAUCAAUUAUCGCUCGUUACGGAUCCAAAUCCACCGCCGGGCAUGUUUAGCGAACAAAACUCCAAUCAUACUGUGCAGGAUACUGGUCGCGAACUGGCCACACUCCAUCACAUUUGCGUCUCUUACUUGCCGGAGUUGCAAGGUCUCUCGAAUAUACUCUCCAUUAAGAAGUUGGUCACCGUCACCGACAUGCUGACAAAGCACAAGCUGAAAUAUCGCGAAAAGAUUAGCUAAGAUGAAAAUAUCGCUGAAAUCAACAACUCCUGGAGGGUAAUAGCCAAACAGUAACAACUACAACAACAACAGUCACCAAAAGUCAGAAGUUAGUGUGAAGCGUGAGCAGUUGAAGUUAGCAAAUUAAUUAGAACACCAAACAAAUAAUUAUUUAUACAAUAGCAAGAACAAUUGAUAACCUAAUAAAAUGCGCGUGUGAAUUCUGCAACACAAGACAUAACAUAACACAUAAGUAGAAGCUAGAAGAAAGCAGUGCGCUAGCCGCGACAGUGAGCAAAAUGCUGGUCACAAAACAAAAAUAUUACAUUUAUUCACGCUUUACGUUUACGCAUGCAAAGAGUCAACUAACUGUAUUAUUUACAAGUGCCGUUAAUUUUUUUUUGUUUUUUUUUUUUUUUUGCGUGUUAGCCUGAGCAUGCGCGCGUGCUUGCGGUUCUGCGUCCAUUUGCUAAGCAUUAUAAACAUCUAUUUUAGCGCUAGUAUCUCAAAUUAUUAUUUUUUAUUCUCGAAAUGUCGAGUUCUCGAGCUGCAAUAGUGAGGUCGCGCGCUUGUUGCUGCACACAAUUGUAAAAAGCUGCAUUUCAAGCAAAUUCCGUUGCCUUUUCUAUCAAAUAUUUGUAUAAAUAGCAAGCGCAAAUUAUACACGCCAUUUUCGUCUUACCUAUGCUUUAAAAAAUCAACUGCAGCCUAUAUUUUUCUUUGUUAUUUUAUAAUUUAUUAUAUACUUUUUAUUGCUAUUAAGUGUUAAAUUUUUUUUGUGUAAUAUUUUAUAUUUAUUAUUUUUUUUUUGGAGCUAUUUUUUUGUUAAUUUUUAUAUUUUUUUAUAUAUUUAAAAAUUUUUAUUUUAUAUUUCUUUUUUGAUAAUUUUUUUUAUUUUAUUUAUUUAUUUUUUUUUAAUAAUUUUUUAUAUAUUUUUUUAAAAUAUUUUUUUUUUAUUAUUUUUUUUUUUUGUGUUAUUUUUUGAUAUUUCUUUAUAUUUUUUAUAUUUGUUUUUGUUAUACAUAUGUAUAUUUAAAGUUUUUUUUAUUGUUUAUUUUUAUUUAAUUUUUUUAAUUUAUUUUUUAUAUAUUUUUUAAACAUUUUUUUUCUUUUCUGUUUCUAUUUAUUUUUUGUGUGUUUUUUUUUUUUUUUUUAGUGUUAUUUUUUAUUUUCAAAUAUAUAUAUUUUGUGUUGCUUUUCGUGUUUGCAAAAAUUUGUUAUUACUUCGAUCUGCUUCAUUUCGACGCACUUCCUUUGCGUUGCAGUAGUGUA